AUGCUUCGCUGGAGUCUCUUGUUGGGUGCAAACAACUAUCAGUUGUGCUACAGACCAGGAAAAGAGUUGACAACUGCCGAUGCCUUGAGCCACUUGCCUAUAGCAAAUCCUGUGGCUAAUACACCACCUCCUCUUGAGGUCCUGCUCUUGGAGUCUGUGCCUAAUGCACCUAUUCAUGCUAACCAAAUUGCUGCACUUACUCAGAAGGAUCCAGUUCUGUCUCGUGUACUGCAAUGGCUUUUGCAUGGCUGGCCCCAUGAAGUCCCACGUGACUAUUUCAUACCCUUUGCCAAUAGACGGAAUGAACUCUCAACUCACAAGGGUUGUGUUUUAUGGGGUAGCCGCAUUGUAGUACCUGUUCUAGCACAGGAGGAUGUACUUAAACUACUUCAUGACUCCCACCCUGGCAUAGUCCACAUGAAGGCUUUGUCUAGAAGUUAUGUAUGGUGUUCAGGAAUGAAUGGACAAAUAGAGAAUGCUGUAAAAUGUUGUACAACAUGCCAACAGCCACGGCAUGCACCAUCAAGGGCACCACUUCACCCCUGGGAAUGGCCAGCUAAGGCUUGGUCACGGAUCCACAUUGAUCUUGCUGGACCAUUUCAAGGAAAUGUCUUCUUUAUUUUGGUAGAUUCCCAUUCCAAGUGGCUGGAGGUGUCUCUUCUAUGCUCCAUGUCUGCAAAUGCUGCCAUCAACACUUUGCACCUUAUCUUUGCUACACAUGGAUUGCCAGAUAUUAUUGUCUCAGACAACGGUGCAGCAUUUACAUCUGCUGAAUUCAAAGAGUUCACAGAAAGAAAUGGGAUCCAGCAUGUGACAACGGCCCCCUAUCAUCUGUCCUCAAAUGGGCAAGCAGAGCGGAUGGUACAGACAACAAAGGAUGCUCUACGGAGAAUCAUAGCUGGUAAUUGGCAAACACGCCUUGCAAGAUUUUUGUUAUCUCAGCACACCAUGCCCAACUCUUCCAUAGGGAACAGUCCUGCAGAGUUGCUAAUGAAAAGACGACUGACCACUUUUAUUGCCUUAACCCAGACUUUCAAGCUGACAUGCAUAUGA